GGGGACCCCGAGGCGCUGAACGGGCGCGGGGCGGACGAGGAGGCGGAGCUGGAGGGGCUGGAGGCCGAGGAGCUGGAGGCCACCGCCGCCGAGGAGAAGGAGCUGCUGCUGCCCCAGGACGCGGCGUCGCCCCCCGCCGCCUCCGGCCCCAUGUUCGCCGAGAGGAACCGCCGGACUCUGGCCUUCCGCGGCGGCGGGGGGCUCCUGGCCGCCCACCCCGCCGCCAACAAUGGCUGCGAGGCCGCGGCCUGGCCGCGGAAACACUUCAAUGGGCGGGGGGCGGACGAGGAGAUGGAGCUGGAGGGCGCGGAGGGACUGGAGACGGAGGGGCUGCUGGAGGGCAAGGAGCUGGUCCAGGACGGGGGCUCGCUGAGUGACAGCAGCGACGACGAGGAGGACGGCGAAGGGGGCAGCCUGGGCGACGGCAGCGGCGCCGAGGGCGGCAGCUGGGGCCGGCGGUCGGGGGGCGACGGCGGGGACGAGGCGGAGGGCAGCGGCGAGGGGGAGAGCAUCCGGCACUUCCCGCUGGCCAGGCCCAAGUCCCUGCUGCAGAAGCUGCACAUCUCCUUCCAGGGCUCCUGGCUCAAGGAGUUUCCGUGGCUCUACUACUGCCAGGAGACCGGCCUCAUGUCCUGCGCCUGGUGCACCGCGGCCGCCGCCGCCGCUGCGCGCUUUCCUGUGCUCACGUGUGUGAACUUCUUUAAAUGGCUGCUCGUGGUUGUUGCUGCCCGGCGGGCUGGACGCGCCGCGCUGCUCUCGCUGGCCGCGUCCGGAGCGGGAGACGAGCCCCCUCUGGGUUUUGGGGUGACUCUCCCGCUGGAUGUGGGCAGGCACACGAGCACGGCGCAGUUGUUUGUGGCUGUACUCCGUUAUCCGUCCGGCGCUGGUGGUGCCGCUUUCAUUAGUUCGUCUGUGUAUCUCGUGAAGAUAAACCGGCGAUGUGGGAAAAAAGUUGCGUACGAAUCCCAGUGUCACAGCACUGAUUUAAAUACGCUCGUUACAACUUCCUCCUGCGGUACAGGCGGAGGGAGGGCAGUGUCCGGCCAGCGACCGCUUGUGAAAUGGGGGCUCGGCGGCGUGAAAUUGGAAUCGCUCUGCCGUGCUGAGCGGUGUGUUUCUGACUUUGAGUUGAAUGAUUACUCUGUAGAAGAGGCAGAGUUACCAUCAGAACUGAAUAAUGAAGGAUACUGUGAUUUUAACAGCAGGCCAAAUGAGAACUCUUACUGCUAUCAGCUCCUGCAAGAGCUCAACGAGCAGAGGAAGAAAGGCAUUCUUUGUGAUGUUAAUAUUGUGGUGAGUGGGAGGGUCUUCAGAGCUCACAAGAACAUCCUGGUUGCAGGCAGCCGCUUCUUUAAGACUCUGUAUUGCUUUACAAACAAAGAAAACCGUAACCAAACCACUGUUACCUAUUUAGACGUUGUUGCUGUUCAAGGUUUUUCUGUCAUCUUGGACUUCUUGUAUUCUGGUAACCUCGUGCUUACGAGCCAAAACGCCAUUGAAGUGAUGUCGGUGGCCAGCUACCUUCAGAUGACGGAGGUUGUCCAGUCCUGCCGCAACUUCAUUAAAGAUGCCUUAAAUAUAAGUAUAAAAUCAGAAGCUCCAGAGACUGUUGUAGUGGAUUACAACAGAAGAUCUGUUAGUAGGGAUGGUUUAUCUCCAAGGGAUCAAAAAGUUGCCAGCUUCUGGGCAACACGAAACCUUACCAACUUGGCAAGUAGCAUAAAAACUGAGAAUGAUCCCUACCCUAUUGAUGAGGGCCAAAUGGAAAGCUACCAAAUGAAUGACUGCAGUUGGGUCCAGGACAGCUCACCUGAAAUGGCUGAAAAUGAAUCUCAAGGUGAGGGAAAAGUUUUCGUAUGGAAUGACAUGGGUGCACAGGGACAAUCGGUUCAAGAACCUGGAAAAGCAAGAAGGAAAAACCAAACUGCAAAGAGGUUUAUUUAUAAUAUACCACCUAAUACUGAAGAGAACUCUGAAGAUUGCUCAGUGUUGCAACCAUCAGUUCCAUAUCCAGAAGAAGAUUUGUCGUUUAUCAAAGAAGAAGCAGCUACUUCAAGUGACUUCAAGUAUGGACUGUUGCCGGGUACUUCAAAUGACUUCAAGUACGGAUUGCUGCCGGGUACUUCAAGUGACUUCAAGUAUGGGCUGCUACCGGGUACUUCAAGUGAUUUUAAGUAUGGAUUGCUGCCAGAAUCUUGGCCAAAAGACACUUGGGAAAAUGGUGAUUCCUCUGCUUUAAUCAUGAACAAGUUGAAGUGUCCACACUGUAAUUAUGUAGCCAAAUACAGAAGAACACUAAAGAGACACUUGCUCAUUCACACAGGCGUGAGAUCUUUCAGUUGUGACAUCUGUGGGAAGCUGUUUACACGAAGAGAGCAUGUAAAGAGACAUUCCUUGGUGCAUAAAAAGGAUAAAAAGUAUAAGUGUAUGGUGUGUAAGAAGAUUUUCAUGCUAGCAGCCAGCGUUGGAAUAAGACAUGGAUCACGACGUUACGGAGUUUGUGUAGACUGUGCAGAUAAAUCUCAGCCUGGAGGGCAAGAGGGAGCAGACCAGGUGCAGGACACAGAUUUCCCUAGGGAUGAGGAAUACGAAGAAAAUGAAGUGGGAGAAGGCGAUGAGGAGCUCGGUGAUGAUGUAGAAGAACAGAAUGACCAGUCUCGAUGGGAUGAAGGCGGGGAAGUCUGUAUGCCUUUAGAUGACUGACAGAGCAUAUGACUUCAGGGUGCUGCAAAUGGACACUGUAUGGAUUGACUGUUUGGAUUUUUGGACUGAAGGCUUGCGAAAUAUGGUACAGGCUGGAUGGUAGUUACAUUGCUGUGAAAAUGUAGGGUCAAAGCCUUAUAGCAAAAAAAGGAUUAUUAAUUUUUUAUGAUAUUUGCACAGGACUGUACAGCAUACAACCAUUUGGUUGAAUUAUACAGAGUCCUCACAUCUACAGUCAGUUAUCAAAAGAAAAAUGUAUUUUUUAUUAUUUAUAGGCUAUAGCUACUUGGGUUCUAUUCAGACAUAGUAGUAACUGUAAUUAUGUUACACAUUCAUGUAUCUGUUAACAUGAAUGAAGAAAAUUGCAACUUGGUAUGGAAAUAACAAAGACAGCUUUCCCAAAUCCACUGUACUUCUGUCAGUGAGUCAGUGAAGCUAAUUUGGGCUGGUGGCUCAUUUUCCACAAGCAUGUCUUUGCCAUACAAACCUUACCUCUCCCGUAAUCUGAUAGGUGAAAGCCAAUCAUUUAAAUAUGUGUCACAGAUAUUGCCAACACCGUAUUGAAAUUUGGUUGAAAACUUUUGGCUCUGUGCUGGCAGGUGCUAUGGGUGAUAAGCACUGGAGAAGCUGUUAAUGGCAUUAAUUUAGUGUCUGUUUUUAAAGAAGGUUGUUGUUGAUUCAUCAGUUUCAAAAUGAUAAUGCAAAUGAAAUGACCAGUAAUGAAAUGAAAAUAAUAGACUGAUCUGAGCAUGGGUAACUCUUCUGCCACUUGUCAAAAGAGACAGUCAUGCUAAAAGGUAUCUGAUGUAAUAAUGUUUCUUCCCUCUUCUAAGGCCCCCCUUCUCUCAAAAUUUUUUGGUUUCCCUGGUGUAUACCUCAGUCCCACAGAAUAAAAAUACAAGGAAUGGAGAAAGUGUCAUAUUAAAACAACUUUUUGGUCAAUAAUUUCUUACUUGUCCGUUUUUUGGCUAGUUUACGUGAUGUGAAUUGGACACUAGGCUAUUGUGCCCAUCGUUCAUCAUUGAACACAAACUAUUUUUUAUUCUUUUGUACUUCAUGGGUUGUUGUUAGUAUUUAAUAUAAACAAAUUACAUUUAACUUGCUCAUUUGCUGGAAUUUUUUUUUUUUUAGAAAAAAAGUCCAAAGCAAAAUAAUGCUCUUUGAGUUGUCUACUUUUCAGGAGGAUAUGCUCCCUAUGCUCUUUGUUUCAGAUUUUCUAGGAGGCAUUGAAACUUGAAUUUUCAUAGCCAUGUAGUGUUUUGUUGGUUUUUUUUUUUUUUUUUGGUGUUUUUUUGUUUUUAUUAAGCUUAUAAUAUUGUACCAAUGAUUUCAGGCCCCUUUCAUAGGGAGGGGAGGGCAUUACACCUUCACCUUAAACUCUGUGUUGGCUAGCCUUAGGCAAGUGAAUUCAGGCAAUCAUUGGAACAAUAAGUCUGAUGUACUAUUAUGUCACAGUGAGUAAAUAUGCAGAGCAUUUGUCAUGACACAUAGCUAGGCCAGUGUGACAGUACUGUACAAAAACAAUUGAUGGUCACCAUAUUUUUCAACUUUGUUUAAUUUUAAAAUGAGUAUAUUUUUUCCAAUUUUAUGUCAGGUAACUAAAUUAUGGGAGUUGUGUGGAUAACUGAAUUAUGCUUUGAUGGACAAAAUCUUACUGGUGCUCCAUCUGAUCAAAGUUGAUAUGUAUUUAAAGAGACAAGCUUUGCUGUUGUCCAUAGAACAGUAACAUAAUGUUAAGACAUUGUUUUUGCUGAUUGAAACUGAGAUGAGAAGUUUGAACUACAGUUAUAUGGGAAUUAAAAUGCUUUUUUUUAUCAUCCACUUGUUUCAUUGGUAGUUUCCACAUCAUUGUAAACCUGACACAAAUAGUUUUUUUGGGGAGGGUGGGGAGGGCGGGGUACCUUUUUUACACUGAAGAAUACAUUUUAUUCUCAUUGUUCUAGACUGAAAUGAGUAAUGUGUAAUUCUGGUGGGGUCCAAAGUAGAAAUUAGUUGGGCAAAGAUGAUAUGAAUGAAAAAGUAUUUUAAACGUUAAAGUAAUGUUCUGCUUUGUGAAUAUGUAAGUAUAGCAUAAAGAUUUUUCCAUCACAUUUAUCCCUUUAAAAACCAUA